UGAGAGGUCGGCUUCAUUUUCCUCCGGACUUGGGACGGGGGCAGUCAUGGCGCCACCCGUGAGGUACUGCAUCCCCGGCGAACGUCUGUGUAACUUGGAAGAGGGCAGCCCCGGCAGCGGCACCUACACCCGGCAUGGCUACAUCUUUUCGUCGCUUGCUGGCUGCCUGAUAAAGAGCAGCGAGAACGGCGCGCUUCCUGUCAUAUCUGUGAUGAGAGAAACAGAGUCCCAAUUACUACCAGAUGUGGGAGCUAUUGUAACCUGUAAGGUCUCUAGCAUCAAUUCACGCUUUGCCAAAGUACACAUCCUAUAUGUGGGGUCCACACCGCUUAAGAACUCUUUUCGAGGAACUAUCCGCAAGGAAGACGUCCGAGCUACUGAAAAAGACAAGGUUGAAAUUUAUAAGAGUUUCCGCCCAGGGGACAUUGUCUUGGCCAAAGUGAUCUCCCUAGGUGAUGCGCAGUCCAACUACCUCCUAACCACUGCUGAAAAUGAGCUGGGAGUGGUGGUGGCCCACAGUGAAUCGGGUGUCCAGAUGGUUCCCAUCAGCUGGUGUGAGAUGCAGUGCCCUAAGACCCACACUAAAGAAUUCCGGAAAGUGGCCCGAGUACAGCCUGAAUUCUUACAGACCUAAGAAGCCACACUUUACCCCAUGCACAGGAGUAAGCUCUUUCCAAGAGUACAUGUGUGAACGUGACAUCAGGGUGCUGUUGUCUUCAUUCAGGCACCUGGGGCUGGCCAGCAGCCACCUCUAGAAAAAUCUUACUCUAUAGGCAAAACAUUUUUCCUGUGAAUCGUUCAGUGGAUUUCAUCCUCUUGAGUGAUAAAUUUCUCUUUUGGAGGCACCAGCAAACCAACUGUAUGAUGGUGGAAAUAGCCUGUUCUUUCUGACAGUCUUAUAAAUAUGUAUUUUUUGCUGUGAAAAAGAAAACAUUUUUACGAAAAGAAUUUUAUGGUUUCUAUUAUAUUGAGUAGGGAAAAGAAUCUAAACAGUGUCAUGACAUUUAGAGCAGGGUCUUGCCUGGUGGCACCGAUUAACAGACAUGUGUUACGUGCUUUCUUGCUCUAGACAACGCCUAAUUGCCAAUCUUUUUUGUAUAUUCUGUUGUACAUACUUUUGCUUAUUGAGUACUUGCUAUGUGUCAGGCACUAGGUUAAGUACUUUAUAUACAUUUCCUCAUUUAGAGAGAUUAUGGUUUAGUGAAAAUUAUGGGACACAUGUGGUGAUUCAGGUAGCAUGUUAGUAAUUCUGAAAGUAAUUUGGUAAACAAAGUAUUACUGAUACAGUAGAUACUCCAGGAAAUGUUAAAUCUGAAUUGAAAAGAGGUACAGAACACUAUCAUGUGAAGUGGCCAGGAAAGGAUUUGUAACAUGAAGUGAGAGGAAUUAAAGAACUAAGAUAAGUGAGGUGAAGAUAUUCAGAGCAGAGAGAGAAGCCCAAGCAAAGUGCAGAAUCAGGAAUGUACACACAAGCUUGAGGACAAGCAAAGGAUGAGGGUUAAGCAUGGGGAGGUUGCAGAGAGAAUGAAAGGAGAGAUGAAUUAUGUCACUUCUUGAGAUGUUAUUAGGGAGCCCAUGUCUUCUCUGUGAAGUGAGAAUGGUUGGGGUAAGGUUUGGAGUCAUCCCACCUGGGUUUGUGUCCUCUCGUUGCCUUAAGCCGGGUUAUACGUUGUUUUGUUUUUUUUAUUUUAUUUUAUUUUUUUUUUCGGUACGCGGGCCUCUCACUGUUGUGGUCUCUCCCGUUGCGGAGCACAGGCUCCGGACGCGCAGGCUCGGCGGCCAUGGCUCACGGGCCCAGCUGCUCCGCGGCAUGUGGGAUCUUCCCAGACCGGGGCACGAACCCGUGUCCCCUGCAUCGGCAGGCGGACUCUCAACCACUGCGCCACCAGGGAAGCCCGUUUUGUUUUUUUUUUGAUUGAAAUUUUUAUUGACAUAAUUGUAAGUAAUUGCAGUUUUAAGAAAUAAUACAGAGAUCCCUUAUGCACUUUUUCCAGUUUCCGCCAGUGGUAACAUUUUGCAAAAUAAUAAUAUGCUGUACUAUAACAAUCAGGCUGUUGAACUGAUACUUGAGCAAAUUAUUUUUAUUUCUUUAAGUCUGUUUCCUCAUCUGGAAUAGUAUGACCUCAUAGGAUUAUUAUGAGGAAAUGUAUAAAAGUGGUUAGUACACGCCAAUAUUACUGUUAUAUAUUAUUGUUGUUAUUAUAUAACUGAUUGCCUUCUAUCAGGUAUCUACUAAAUGCCAGGACUUAAUGCUAGAUACUUCAGUGUAGUUUGUAUUGAUAUAAUCAGUCUCCUAUUGAUAGAUAUUUUUAAACUUUUUUUCUUUUACAGACAGUGCUGCAGGGAAAAUCCUUAUACCAUAUAUCUUUGUGCAUGCCUAUGAUUCUUUUGCAAAACAGAUUCCUAGCAGUAUAAUGCUGAGUAAAAGAAUAUGCACAUUUAAAUUUUUGGUUAGAUUCUCCCUUAUUGCCUUGCAGAAAGAUGCUACCAAUUGAUUUUCUCAACAGUGUUAGCCAUUUUACUUAUGUUAUCUCUGAACUUCACAGUGACCCGGAAAAGUAGCAAUUAUUUCCACAUGUUACAGAUAAGUAAACUAAGGCUUAGAAAAAUUAAUAAAUCUCACAGACAUCAAGAGGCAGAACAGUGUUCAAACUCAGAUCUGUUUUACUGUAAAGCCUGGGCCCUUCCUUCUGUACCAUGGUGCCUCAUUUUUCCAAGUAUUGAACAGAAACCUCAGGCAUGCAAUUAGAGGCUCUCCAAAUUGACAUUGGUUAAUUAAUUAUAAGUGCUUGUUGGACAUCAUUCAUUCAUUAUAUAAAUAUAUUUGAGCAACUCCUCUGCCCACCACUGCUCCAGGAACUAGGGAGUAAAGCAGUGAACAUGAUAGAAUCCUUUCCUUGUGGAGCUUACAUUCUAGUGGGGGGGGACCAUUGGUGGGAGGGGAGACAAAUGAAAAGUAAACAAAUACGGAAAUGUUAUAAUUUCAAACAGUAAUUUUAAAAAGUGUCAUAAAGAAGAACAUUUGAAACAACUGGGUAAUGGCCUUCUGAUCUGCUGCGAACCAGGUUAGAUUUUCUCACCCUUAACCAUGCAAUAUUGUAUUACAUGUUUGUUAGUUGUGUGCGUGUCUCCUCUACUUACCUUAGCUUUAAGGGCAGCAUGCUGUCUUCUCUAUCUUCAAAUCUCCAGUACCUGGUACUGUGAUUAACACGUAGCAAAUGCUCAAUAAAAAUUUUUUGAGCGUACUCAUAGCUGACUGAAUAGCUAUGCCCAAACAGUGAUUGAUAUGUAGUAAUGGUGAUAUUUGUUAAUCUAGAGACAGGGAGGAUAUACUUUCUGUGCCUUGGAAAAGUGGUUCUCAGCCUGGGUUAGGUGAACUUCAAAAUUGCCUGUAAGUGGUAAAGGGGUAGCAGGGGGAGUGCAGGGGAAAAAAAGACUGCAGGUGCCCUAGCCCUGCUUACGAAUCUCAUGGUUGAACCUGUGGGUGUUAAGGGUUUGUUCAGCUCCACAGGUGAUUCUGAUGUGCUACUCUGGCCAAGAGACACUGUCUUGGAGGGAUAGUAGUUGUUGGCCUCCUAGCCAUAAUGGUAAAUGAGGAUGGCUUUCUGUUAUUUUCCUGCCCAUAAGGCAGGAGUUCUAGCCAGGAGUCUAAGUUGCAAGGAAUGGAGACUGCUGUAAACUCAAGUGAUGUCAGGACAUAGAGUAGUAGUAAUCAAAGCUGAUCCAGCCUGAUUUGGGUGAAGAGCACUUGAUCAAACAAAAUUACCAACUUCUGGUCUAAGAUUCAGUACCAGCUAAGUAAACUAACAUCCCACCAGGCUACUGGAGACUUAAAUUACUAAAGGUCUUCCUAGGAUUAAUGUGUAGAUCAAA